AUGAGAAAGGCGUUCAAAAAGGCUUUCCAAGACCUCAAAGAUGUCGUCGAGGGCAGGGAUGAAUCUGUGACUUCUUCCUCACAGCUUCUCCCACCUCUGCCGCAAGGCUCCACAUCCUUCCAAUAUCCUACUCGUCCAACACCCAAAGACAUCCUUCGCUAUCGAUAUCAACAUGGCACCAACCUAGGCAGCAUCUUCAUCCUAGAACAAUGGCUUUUCGGAAGCAUGUACGACCAGGGAGUCUCGGGAAGCAGCGAACUCGAUGCUAUCGUGUCAUCCAUCAACGCCCGUGGUCUCGACGAAACCCGUCGGAAAUGGGAAGCUCACUGGGCGAACGCCUUGACUGACGAUGACCUCCACUGGCUUGCACAUUCCGCCCAUUGCAACAACAUCCGCUUGCCAAUUGGUUAUUUCACCUUGGGUCCAGCUUUCUGUGCCCACACCGCGUUCGCCAUGCAACCCGCUCAGGUCUACAUCAACGCAUGGACUGCAGUGAAAUCGCUCGUGGCACGAUGCUUCGCGCAUGGGAUUGGCGUGCUCAUUGACCUUCACGGAGUCCCUGGCGGUGCUAAUCACGAAACCCACUCCGGCACUAGCAGCGGCAAGGCUGAACUUUGGGGAAACCCCUUUAACCUCGACCUUGCGACUCGGUGCCUAUUGUUCAUCGCCGAUGAAACAAUCCGCGACCCUCAACUUGCCGGCGUCGUGGGGAUUCAGGUCUGCAACGAAGCUAUCAUCGAUCCUCCCGGGAUGUACGAGUGGUACAACGACGUGAUUCAACGCAUCUCAGCCAUGGACGUCACUUUGCCCGUGUACAUCAGCGACGGCUGGGAUCUGGGGCGAGCCACACGCUUCACCAGAGCCUACAAUACUAUUCACGGGCCGAUGAAAAGUCCUGUCAUCGUCGACUGUCAUAAAUACUACACGUUCGACGAGAAAGAUACUACACGUUCCCCUUACGAAAUCAUUGAGCAAGUCAAGACCGAACUCCACGAACUCGACUCUAGUCUCGUUGGCAAUGUAUUUUCUCACCAGGCCGCCGUGGGCGUGUACAUAGGAGAGUACUCGCUCGCGUUGGCGCCGCAGACAUGGGGCCGAGCACCCGCAGAUCAAAAAGACGAGCUUAUGAAGCAAUUUGGUAACGAGCAAAGUCGGACCUGGCAACGCAAAGCGGCCGGCUCGGCCUUCUGGACUCUCAAAAUGGAGUGGAUGCCCGGCUGGGGGUGGGGAUUCAAAGCAUCAACGGACAAUGGACAGGUCGCGCCGCCGAGGAGUUUCGCGUUCUCAGUCAAGGAGGUCCGUGAAAAAUUGGCCCUCGCCGAUGAGAGCAAGAGUCGACUCCUCCAGGACGCUCUAGCGGGGCAUACGCAUUACUGGGACAACACAAGCCCUGGCGCCUAUUUCGAGCACUGGCGCUACUCGGACGGAUGGGAGAUAGGCUGGAGAGACGCGCGAGACUUCUUCGUCGCACGGCUGAAUGGGUUCAUCCCAUCUGCUUUGGGCCCCGGUGGUACUUCUGCUCCAAGCUUCGGUGCUGAUGUGGCUACUAUGGAUGGCGCGAGCACCAAUCACGAAAUCCCAGCCUCCAGUGUCGACGAGAACCUGAAGGUCGGCGCAGACGUUAUUGGCGCCCUUGACCUUUGGGUCCUUCGCCGUAUGCGUGGGGAGGGCGUCGCGGAUCCCCAGACAUGUCCGUUCGGGUGGGAGUGGGAGCAUGGGUUUCGAGCCGGUGUGAGGACAUUUAGUGAUGUGGUUACUUGA